AUGGCCGAACUUAUCGGGAUCGUGUCGGGAGCCAUCACCUUUGCAACCGUGGUGGCUCAAGUCACCCAGUCUAUCAUCGCGAUCAAUGAUUAUUGCAGUCAGAUUAAAGAUGCGCCAAACGAUCUUCGAAUCCUAUUGAAUGAGCUUGAACUAUUCGGGCUUAUCCUGGCCGAUAUCGAGGGGGACCUUGCUGAAGACGAAAUCGCAGUCGCCUUGUCGCGGAGCAAACACGCCACGAAGAGCCUCAAUCUUUGCAAACAGGCUGCUGAAGAAUUGGAGUCUAUUGUAAAAGGGUUGGCUCAGGACUUCCUGUCACCCAGUCGUAUGAAGAAGUCCUAUGUGUCGAUCAAAAUCGUUCUGCAGCGAGGCAAGAUCGAGAAACUCAAACAGAGACUUCAAGGUGCAGGUCAAUUACUGCAACUGUCUCAACAAUGUUAUACAAGAGCACUACUGCAAGUUCAGCCUGAAUUAAUUGCUGCACGACUAGCACCGAGCCAUACUGUGAACCCAAAACCAGAGACUCGGAAACAAGCCGACGGAAUGGGAGUAACGUCUUCAAAAGAUGUUAUACAGUCUUACCGCGGGCAAACAGGCUAUAUAUGGCGAUUGUCACUUCCUCCGUGGAUGUCUUCCAAAGCACUGGAAUUAGCGGGGACGAAAGUUCCUGCUGGUUGGAAUUGGUACUUUCGAGUAUACAAUUUGAUCCCAUCCAACUCAAAGGUAUUUGAUCUAGUGUCUCAGGGAGACAUUGAAGGGCUGCGAGAAUGUUUCGCAUCCAAAGAAGCGUCACCGUUCGAUCGCUCAUCUCCAAGUGACUUUUUUGGAGACCCCCACUUUGGGGAAUUUAUGCAUGGGGAUAUGACCUUGCUGCACCAUGCCUUCCGUGCGCGGGAUAACGAGAAGGUUGUCUCUUUCCUUCUUGAACAAGGAUGUGAUCCCAUGCUAGGUCCAUCAAUAACCGGAAGGUCCCUUCCAUUAACGGCCCUCGAAUAUGGCGGCAUAAUAGUUUUGCGUUCGCGGUCCGAGAACCAAUUUUUGAGGUCUUUGCUGCAAAAGUCCGACGACUUGUUAUGUGACUCUGAGACAGAGGUUAUCGAGGGCAUUUUCAAGUACUUCUGUGGGACUCCAGAAGACUUCUUGCUUUUACAGCAGCACUGCUGUCCGUCAUUCUAUACAUUUCCAACUCGGGUGCGCAUAGAAGUGGCCGCCAAUAUCGCAUACAUUUCGAAUAAUAAUGCUUUCUACUUGCCUGAGACACUCCGGACCGUGAUCGGUGGAGAUGUCCGGGAAAUCGACGUUUCUGACUUGACUGGAACGGGAGCCCGCAGCCCAUUAUUUCAUUCUGUAAUGGGACAAAUCGGCAGCUGCCGGGCUGCAAUGCGACGACACGGCUACCGGAAUGGAGAUUCCGUCCUAGACGAGGAUUACAUCAAGCAAGCUGAACUGCUAUUAUCGCUUUCGCAGGGUUGGAACCAGUUAUUCUGCGACCUGCUUGAUACUGGUCUGAAUGGUCAUUUAAUUUGGAAAGGCAAGAGUCCAUUCGUUGCAUUUCUUGCUGGAUACAUCGACGAGUCGGAGUAUGAAAGCCGCGAGAUACGAGAUUGGGACUUAGCUGUGCAGUCAUGGAUGGGGGAUCUCAAAGUUUUGGGUAUAGACUUGCUUGAAUUCGGCCGAAAAGAGACGGAAGCUUGGGAGAGCGAAACCAUGGAGCGGCAAUUGUAUGGCGCGUGUCCGGAGGAUUGGUCUGUAUGGAUGUAUGAGUGGAAUGAGUAUUUCACUGAUUUCUGGACUCUGGUGGAGCGUCCAAUUGAGUCAAUGCCGGUUCAUGAAUGCAAUAAGGAGAGCUCCUCUGGUAUUCUUGGCCACUCAAAUCAUCGAUGGUACCGUACCACGCUGGUUGUGUUUGUCGACAUUUAUAAUGGCGCCCAGCUAUAG